UCCGUUUGGACAAGUCGUGCGUGAGCGUCAAGGUGCGCGCGCACUCCUGGAGCCGUGACGCGUGGCCGAGGGUGCGCGCGUGGCUUGCGUCGCGUGCACUCGGUGAGAUGCUCCAACAUCACAAGCGCAGCGAACACCGCCGGGCUCGCUCUGUCACCGUCCUCCAGGCGGUGCAGGGGAUUCACACUUUUGACUUACGUGGACGGCCGAGUGACCCGGGCACCGUCACACGCUUUGUCGCUCUCCGCCGUGCAUUUUUCUUCAAUCUCUCGGAGGAAAUAUUCUCACCAGUGGAGGACGGUUCGCCCGUUUGGACACCAUGACAGAGGCAAAGUGCCUUCUGAAAACACCAAGUAACUUCCAGUCAUCUGCCAUGUUUGAAGACUCUGAGUCUGUGGAGGGAGACGGAGGCAGCACAGAGAGCACAGUGGCCUCUACAAUCAGUGCUAGUAAGAAGGUUCUGUGCAGUAACAGUGUGCUGGACUCGUCAGACUAUUGGCUGAGGAAUGACAAAGCUUUGUGCAGACUGGGCUUGCUGGACGACAACACAGAGGGCAGCUGCGCCAUGAUGUUUUUUGUGAAUCUGGACACGCAGAAAACCGAUUGUCAAGAUGACAAAAGCAUUAAGAAACUGGGACUGGUGUCUCCAGACCUGCCAAAGCUUGUUGAAUUGCUAACUGCUCACCAACCAAAAGAAAACGAGAUCAUCUUCCUCAAUGGACUUGAGGGAUCUGACACUCGUCAAACACGCCCAACAGCUCCUUCUCAGCAGCAGAAAAGUACAGGUGUGUGCCUGCUUCAGAGUUCAGGGAAGAGGCGCUUCAUCCAACCAAGCAGUAUCAUCUUUGAGAUCAACAGGUUCCUUGCAGGUUUGCAGUGGGGAAAAGAAAGACAGCUUCAUCCAUGGCAAAUAAGACAACGGGUUGAUGAUGACACCAAUCGUUCAGUUUCAUCCAUCGAGGAAGAUUUCCUAACGGCUUCAGAACACAUGGGAGAUGACAGCGAGGAUGACGGUUCUAGAAAUGAGGCAGAGGUUCGUGAACGGGCAGAGAGGUUGGUACAGGUUGCACAGAAACACAGUGCUAGUGUCACAGGUCAAAGGGGACAGGUGGCUCAUCAUCAGAGCAGGGAGGAUGCAGAGGUGAAAAGGGAAGCCAAUCCGCGGGUCAGCCUCCACACAAACGAAUCAGCUGGUCACUACGCCACCAAUCUGGCAGAGUCAGUACUGCAAGAUGCCUUCAUACGCCUUUCUCAAGAUGAAACCUCUUUUGUCUCUGAGGCUGCAGUCAGUGUGUCACACUCUCAAUGCCACUCCAACACUGCAAUCUCACAAAGAAAACAGCCUUCCCAACAGCACACCUGCUCUUUUGAACUCCCAAAAAUUGUUAUAGUUCAAAGCCCAGACAGUGCGGAUGGAACUGCAGAGUGGCCAGAGCCUCAGGUGCCAAAUUUGUCUGACCAGGAUAUCACCACUCAAGACAUUGAGGUGCCAGAAAAGAAAUCUCACGCUUCUCACCACAAUGGAGGACUCCCAUCUAAACCUCUAGAGGUGGCUUUGACCUGUGCUGCCAAUGUUAUUGGCACCAUAACUUCCCCACAGCUAGCUGGACAUAUCACCAAGGAUUCAACUUCAGAAGACACAGAAGAGGAGCUAGAGAAACCAGAGGAGAAAGGUGAUUACUCCUUCUCCUCAGCCAUGUGCGCUAUGGCUCAGGUUGCUGGUGCUGUUGCAGCAUUGGAGCUGACAGAGAAAUCAGGGGAGGGCAGCAAUAAUGACGCAGAUUUAAGUGCAGUCUUCACCACAUCACAAGGUUUGAUAUCUGCUGCUCAAACAUCUGCAGCCUUCACGCUACAUUGUAGCGUUGCAGAAGGUACCAGUGUUGAAGCAUUCCGUGCAAACAUUGCCGAGGUCCUUCACAGGGAAGCAGCUGAGGUGCUGACUUAUCCGCAUUGCUACCGGAGUGUAGCUGACCUCUUGGAGUCUACACAUUGCAAGAUAGUUGAUGGCAUCACUUGUCCGAAAAAAUCCUACACUGAAGAAAGAGAGGUGGGUGAAUUAAUCAUUGAGGUGGCCGACAGUCUUUUUAAGCAUGCUUUAAAAAAAGCCAAAAGGAAAAAAGAACUGGAGGGGACUGGGAAAGAUGGACCGAGCCUCCAGGUUCUCCUGCAGGACAAUGUAAACAAUUUGCUGUUCGAGAUUCUUUGCCAGGCACAGAAAAAGAUCAGCCACAUAUCAAUAAGUGAUAAAGGUUUAUUUGAGAUACAGGACAUUGAUACAUGCUCCAAGGAGCAUGCUCCUGCAAAGGGAAGCAAUGAUCCAUUAAGUCAGUUACAGGGUUUAGGAAGUUAUAGGCCAUCUACUAACACUGACAAACAUAGUGGAAUGUCCCAAAGCACAUAUAGGCUUCCUGGAAUUAGCACGAAUGUGCUUGAAGAAAGUGAUGUCAAUGCAUCUCUCAAUAAAGCAUGCAGCAAAGAGCAACAGCAGCACUCCUGCUGUGCACAAAGUCAGUCAAAGUCUGCCAUACAUACAAAAGACUGGUCUGGCCAGCAGGACACAACUGCUGUCAGAGUCCCCUUGAGUGAAAUCCCAGUUCAUGUCACAGAGCGGCGGGGCCGAUUUGUGACAGGAAAUGACAGCAGACAGUCCUCGCUCACCCCACAGUCUUCGCUCAACUCUUGCAGUUCACUCUUCUCUUGGAGAAUGGACUCAGAGAGCAGGACACCUAUUACUUGCUAUGCUGAUGAUUUGGCUGCUACGGUGGUGUCUAUGGCCACAGAACUAGCUGCCAUAUGUCUUGAAAAUUCUACUGGGAAACAGCCCUGGUUCUGUGCCCUCAAAGGGACAUCUACAGAGGGCCCAGAGGCUUUUUUGAUCCCUGCUUGCCGAACGGUACUCAGAAGGAAAGAGGGUCAGAGCAACAAUGUCACCUCGAAGAAACAUCGAGCACCACGUCUCAGUGAGAUAAAAAAGAAAACAGAGGAGCAGCCAGAAUUGAUGGAGCGCCUGGUGAACCGUGUGGUAGAUGAGUCGGUCAACCCUGAUGAACCGCAGGACUCAUUUGCCCUGUUUGCCUCGGAAGUCACUGCCAGGAUCAUGAACUGCCCUGAGCUUAAUGUGGUGGACACUUCCAAACCAGGGCAGCCACGUAGCAGAUUACAGUGUGAGAGGUGGAGCCGUGGAAAGGCCUCGAGUUAUGAAAGCAUUCCAGAGGAAGAUGCAGACCCCUCGGGUACACCAAACACACUGGGCCCUGGCAGUCGUUUAGGCCAGAACCUGAGUCGUGGUAGCUCUAUUUCCAAGCAGUCAAGUUGUGAGAGCAUCACAGAUGAAUUUUCACGGUUCAUGGUAAACCAGAUGGAGACUGAGGGCAGAGGCUUCGACCUUCUUCUGGACUACUACGCGGGGAAAAAUGCCAGCAACAUUCUGGCUGCAGCUGUGCAACAGGCUGCAUCCAAGAAAAAUGGUCACCUUAAUGUCAGGACUACAUCCUGCCUGUCCAAACAGUCUAGCACUGAGAGCAUCACAGAGGAGUUCUACAGGUUUAUGCUCAGGGACAUGGAUAAGGAAAACAAAGAGCAUGGCAUUGCAAAGACUAAAGAGUGGAACAACAGCUUGUUCCCCCCAUCUCCCCGGAGUCCAUUUUGUAUACGACAGUCCUCAGUCCCAGACAGACGCUCCUCAGAUUCAAGACUGACUGUCAGCUCACCUAUUAAAGCCAAUUCAUUUGAUGGGUUUGCCCGAAAUGCGCAUGGCGACACGCUGAAUAUCUACCCAACCAACUCAGUGGCAGCAACAGGACUGUGCAAGUCAGACUCGUGUCUCUAUAAAAGAGGCAAGACUGACCAGAUCACUGAUAUGCUGAUCCAUGAUACCUGGUCUAGUUCUAUUGAGUCUUUGAUGCGGAAGAACAAGAUCAUUGUUGAUCCAGAGGACAGCAUUGACUUGGAGGCUGCAGGAGACUCCCAGCCCCACGUACAGCAGUUUGCCAACCGCCUGGCAGCUGACAUUGUGGAUAUUGGUAAAUCAUCUGCCGGAGAUCAGCAAGAUGUUACUGAGGGCAUAAGUGGACCGCACACACAAACGAUGCCUGUUGGUGAGAGAAGGAGGGGGUUCAAACAAUCCCAUUUAAACUGUAGUCCGGGUAGGUCAAGUCAAGAACAACCUGGGUUUAUAUCAGGUGUGGGUGACAGCAGUACACCCCGUAUAAGAGGCCCCAGGGAUGUGCCAGUAAUCCACAUUGAGGGGGAUAGCCAUGAAAGGAGAGACGGACCUUCGCAACGACCACCAGAGAUGACAGUUACCAAGCGUACUGAGAGGAUUACAGCCAACGGCAUCAGCAGUGAAAGGGACAGGCCAACUGUAGUUGCGGAGAAAGUAGAGAAGCGGGACAAGCGUUCAAUGAGCGCGAGCAGCGAAGAGAGCAUGGGAAGCUGGUCCCAUAUAAACACGGAGGAUGACCCCCCCGAAGAGACCAGUAGUUUUAUCCAGCUGAGUGAGGGGAAUGCGACCAGCAGCGGCUCAAGCGUAGGCAUGGCCGAUCUCGAUCCUUUCUCUGACGUGCCAUCUCAUAGCACAGAAAUUGGUGUAGAGUUAGAGAAAAGUCACCAAGCAGCAACCAAAGACAAUUACUUUGCGAGCAGCUCAGCCAGGACAGCAGGCGGUGAUGGCGGUCAUGUCAGGGAGCUCCUCGUGGUAAACUGCUACCUGGAAGCGGAGUGCUUGGACUCCGAGGUGACUGUGGCUCUGCAGUGGAUUGCCGCUUCCGAGCUGGGCCUUCCAGUUCUCUACUUCAAGAAGUCCAAAGAAAAAAGGGUUGCCAAGGUGCGUGUGUUGUCAGUUCCAGAAGUUGGUCCAUCUGAUGUCCCAGAAGUCGUGGCGGAUUGCGGACUUGUUCAGCGCUGUGGUUCAGUUCUGCAAACUGCAAGAGGAGAGUGAGGACAUGUCUCUGUCCAGCCUAUUUGACUGGCUCUCGGAAAUCCUGUGAAGUGGAUUAGUUUCAACACUCUGCAUACAAGUUUGCAUGUGCACUUCCACACACUUGACACUUGUCUUCACACCAAGUGUGUCCGCUUCCAAAGCUGAGAGCAAAAAGUGAUCAGCCCACUUGACAAAUGCUCCUUCCCCUUACUGCUGUCAUGCUAUUCUCCACGGAGGUUUUGUUUUCUGUCUGUCACUGCUCACAUGCAGCCCGAAGGAACACGGACGGGUUGGCCAUUCCUAUCGGGAGUGAACGAGCCAUUAAGAGAUUAGCAGGUUUUAACUGCUCCAGAGUAUAUUGAUAUACACUAUCAUCACAGUAUAUUUACAGAUUCCCACAAACAAAUGAUGUGUUGGUUCAUUUGUUUAUUCCCAAAAAGUACCAGUAGAUAAUAGGAUCAUCAGGUGCACAUUUCCAACUGCUCAGUAGGCUCCUUUAAAAAAAAUAAACGUGACUGUUUAUGUAAGAUUUUCAUCUGAUAUCCACUGUACACAUUCAUUGAAAGUUAAGAAAAUGCCUAUUAUUUUAUUUGUUUUCAUUAGCCAACAAACCACCCUUGUUGUGACCUUAAAAGUUUUAUGUAGAGAUGUAAUAUAUGUGACUUGAGAACGGAUCUUAGAUUGUUGUCUUGUAUAUAUUGACCAUUUGGACCUGCAGCACCUUGGAGUAGUGCACUGUUUAGCAUUUAUGGUCAGGAAGUCCAAGUAAGAUUAAUAAUGUUGAAUUUGUAAGUGAACUUGGUGUGUUUAUUUCACUACUUUGUGGUACUCUUGUGUUAACAGAAGCACACAAUUCAGCUGUAAAGUGUCAUUAUAUAAGUGAAUGUAUUUAUAUUUUGACAUCAAUAAAUAAUUCCUGUGAUGUGAAGCAAA